AUGUCCUCUUUUGCUUAUUCGAAGGGACUCAUUAAGUCGCCCCAUACCCGGGAAAUCGAUGCUGAGACAGCAGACCGGCUCACUGCGCACGGUUCUGUUCUUUGGGGUACAAAUGCUCGAAUAUCAGGCGAUCGCGCCCGUCAGUUGCUCGGGUGGAGCCCUCAGGGCCCGAGUCUGGAGGAGGAGAUUCGACGAGCGAUACUGGCGGAGGAAGCUGUCUCUGGCGAUGAGUUCUCGAAAAUGCUGGCAUGA